AUGACCUGCAUCACGCUACCCUUGGCAAGCCUCCUGUUUUCCGUUCUUAUAACUGCUAUCGUGACCGUUGCGAUCAAGGAUGCGGUUGGCCGGCCGCGCCCGGACUUCUUUUGGCGCUGCUUUCCUGAUGGAGUGCCGAAGUACAACAACGUCACCCGAGAUGUGAUAUGCGACGGUAAACCGGGCGUAAUCAAAGAGGGGUACAAGAGCUUCCCGAGUGGGCAUGCUUCAGGUGCUUUUGCUGGGCUUGGAUUUCUGUCAUGGUACCUGGCAGGCAAACUGAAGGCCUUCGACCGAAGAGGCCACGUCGCCAAGCUCUGCGUCGUUCUUCUGCCACUGCUUAUGGCAACAAUGGUUGCAAUAUCGCGGGUGACUGACUACUGGCACCACUGGCAGGAUGUGUUUGCUGGUGGAGUCCUUGGAUUGGUGGUUGCUUCGUUUUGCUACCUUCAGUUCUUUCCGCCACCCUACAGUGAACAUGGUAUGAUGCAUAGUUUCUAUGUGUCCACUACCGCCCAAGUGGGCUUGAAGACGUCUGCAGCUACUAUAAAACACACGACUAAAGCAAGUCUUUCUCUCCUUUCAUCAACCGAUAAUCAAAGAGAUGGCAUUCAGAAAACUAAUAGUCAAAGGCUGCCAGCAUAG